CACUCACUCUCACCCGCAAUUCGGAGUUGGGUUCAUUCCGCGAUGGACACCGACCUCGGCCGUAUCUACCAAAUAGUCCACGAGCUCAGCGAGCAGCUUGCCCAAAACCAAAAGACAACAGCCGCGCUUCAAUCCCAGGCCACCGCACUAAAGGGUCAGGCCGAACAAUCUGGCUCUGGCUUUGCUCUCAGAAGAUUCAAUACUGAUAUCGCCAAUGAAACCUUCGAAUCCGAGCUAGAGCGCAUGAACGCGCACAUUGUGAUAGAAAACCAGACUCUUCUGCACGAGAACAAGCAAUUGAGCAUUCUUCUCAAAGAAUACGAAGGCACCCUCGAGACAGUAAUGGCAAAAUUCCGCAACCACGCCCUUGCAUCGCAGCAAUACGAGCUGAACCUCACACGGCACUACGAAGCUUUGCUUCUCACUCGGGAAACACAGACCCUCUCACACGACCUUGCUUCCAGCUCCGAGAUUACCCACUCCGUCCAACGCAUUGCCCAUUUACUGCGUGCAACUCUCCAAGUUAUGGCCGGCGAAGACCCCGACCCAGAACUCGAAUACGAGGCAGGCGAAUACAUCGACCCAAACGAGCUUCUUUCGCUUGUCGACGCUCUUGAUAACCCAGAAGAUUGGGCUGUCGAACGCGAGGCAGAGAUUUCUCGGCUGGAGCAAGAAAAUGCUGCGUUACGGAGGAUGCUGGGAAUUGAUCCAGAGACCUUAGAGGCGAAUGGGGUCAGUGUGGAGGUGGAUCGGGAGCCGGCGCGAUAUGCCUUGAUGUUGUCAAGAAGACGAAGCGCGAGUGGAGACGGGCCACGAAUGUCUUAUUGGGACAAUGGUCAGGCUCAACAACAACAAACUCAGCAGCAGCAACAGCAACAGCAACAGCAACAAAUGCAGCAACAGCAGCAACAACAACGGGCUAUGGAUAUGCAACCAAUGAUGCGUGCUGGACAAGCAAAUCGCCGACCGGGCAUGUUUGGCGCUGGGGCGGGGCGGGGCGUUAUUCCCGGUGCUAUGGGAGCUCCUCCUCAAGGGCCAAUGUGGAAUCCACCGCCAACUUGGCAGCCCCCUCCCGAGUUCAGUCGAUGA